AUGGAAGGAACCAAUCAAACCACUGUGACAGAAUUGGUUCUCCUGGGACUUUCUGACUAUCCAAAGCUAGAAACCAUUUUCUUUGUGCUGGUCCUGUGGAUGUACCUAGUAAUCCUGGUAGGCAAUGGAGUGUUGAUCAUAGUAACCAUCUAUGACUCUCAUCUCCACACCCCCAUGUAUUUCUUCCUAGGUAACCUCUCCUUCCUGGACAUUUGCUAUACAACCUCUACUGUGCCUCUAAUUCUAAACAGCUUUCUUACUCCAAGGAAAGCCAUUUCCUUCUCCAGCUGUGCAAUACAAAUGUUUCUGUCCUUUGCAAUGGGUGCAACUGAAUGUGUGCUCCUGAGCAUGAUGGCAUUUGACCGUUACGUGGCCAUCUGCAAGCCCCUAAGAUAUCCUGUCAUCAUGAGCAAGAAUAUUUAUGUGUCAAUGGCAUCUGUGUCCUGGGCAGCAGGGGUUCUUGAUUCAGUGAUUCAAACUUCUCUUGCAGUUCAGUUAAGAUUUUGUGUGGACAUCAUUGAUCAUUUUUUAUGUGAGAUCCUGGCUAUUCUGAAAUUGGCUUGUGGAGAUAUUUCCAUCAAUGUUUUUAGCAUGGUAGGAUCAAACAUCAUCUUUCUAGUUAUUCCUUUAAUAUCAAUUUCCAUCUCUUACAUUUUCAUACUUGUUGCAAUCCUUAGGAUUCCUUCUACAAAAGGAAGACACAAAGCUUUUUCUACCUGCUCGGCUCACCUGACUGUGGUGAUUAUAUUCUAUGGGACAAUCUUCUUCAUAUAUGCAAAACCCAAAUCUCAGGAUUCUCUUAGAGGUGGCAGUGAUAUCACAGACAAAUUUAUUACCCUGUUCUAUAGUGUGGUGACUCCCAUGCUCAAUCCCAUCAUUUAUAGUUUGAGGAACAAGGAUGUUAAGGUGGCUAUGAAAAACAUUUUAUGUCAAAAUUCAUUUCUCUGA